AUGGUGGGGAUUACACGGCCGAAACCCGGAGAGCAUGUAAACGCAGAUGGAGUUUGGGAUUUAUUGCAAAAUAAGGGAAAGAUGACCGUCUUCUCAUUGUGCUUGCUCCUGUGCGCGGAUCUACUGGAUUUAGCCGUCGGAUAUUUGACAGUUACCAUAGAGCCCCUGCCUCCUGUUGUUGUGGGUGAGACUGUUACUCUCAAGUGCAACUUCAAAACUGAUGGAAGGCUUCGAGAGAUUGUUUGGUACAGGGUCACAGAUGGAGGUACCAUAAAGCAGAAAAUCUUCACCUACGAUGCUAUGUUUAAUACAAAUUACUCCCACAUGGAGGACUACCGCAGACGUGAAGACCUUGUGUAUCAAUCAACUGUCCGGCUCCCAGAGGUACGGAUCUCCGACAACGGGCCUUAUGAAUGCCAUGUGGGCAUCUACGACCGGGCAACGAGGGAGAAGGUUGUCCUGGCUUCAGGGAAUGUUUUUCUCACGGUUAUGUCACCUCCAAACAACAUAUCAGUGGUGGCAGAGAACACUCCAGCCCCUUUCAGUCGAUACCAGGCCCAGAAUUUCACUCUUGUCUGCACUGCAAAGGGAGGAAAACCAGCCCCAUCGGUGUACUUCAAGCGUGAUGGGGAGCUGAUCGAGGUGAUCUCCUACACUCAACCCUCGACCGGCGAGCAGGGAAGCAGCGCCGCAGGGGUGAGAGGAGCCAGGCCGCUCAUCAGCCGGGACCUCGAUGACACCAAGCUCCAGAGGUCCCUGUCCCUCCUGGACCCCGAGGGGCGGCCCGCCCACCUGUACACAGAGAGCCCCCAGCGCGUCCACACUCAGGGCCAGCAGGCCUCCGAGCCCAGCCCUGCCACAGAGGUCAUCCCAGAGACAGUGGUCAGCCGGGAGUUCCCCCGCUGGGUCCACAGCACAGACCCUCUCUACUACUUCAGCCACACUCACAUCCCCCAGAGCGACGGCUCUGUGGUGGUGCAGGCCCGCCUCACCUGGACACUCAACCCUCAGCUGGAUAAUGACGCCCUAUUCAGUUGCGAAGUCAAGCACCCAGCGCUGUCCAUGCCCAUGCAGACAGAAGUGACUCUAGCUGCUCCUAAGGGUCCUAAACUCUUCAUGUCCCCGAGUAGGGCAAAGGUAGGGGACACAGUGCGCAUCACUGUGCAAGGAUUCCAGGUAGGAUCGCCUGGGAAUGAAGUUUUCCCUGAACCGCUCUUCACCUGGACGCGAGUUGGGGGCCGACUGCUGGACGGCAGCACCGAGCGAGAGGGGAAGGAGCUUAUUCUGGAGAGAGUGCCAGCCGAGCUCAACGGCUCUAUGUAUCGCUGCACGGCCCAGAAUCCUCUGGGUUCCACGGAUACGCACACUCGCCUCAUAGUCUUUGAAAAUCCAAGUAUGAUGAAAAACACACAGAAUCAGAACAAUGAAGCCUCUCGCACGGACGUGCUUGGACUAACGUGGAUGGCACUUGUCCUCACAGUGACAGUGGAACUGACGUGAAACCUCUCACCCAAGACACUCUUACUCACCAACACACAUACUUGCCCUUCUUACGCAACAUCCACAUAUGCACACACACACACACACACACACACACACACACACACUCUCCACAGUCCCGCAAGCCUUCUCCAGUCAUCAACAGACCCUCCAUACGUCAGUCGAUCAGGAAACAGUGCCACCACACGAUGGCGCUUUCACUGUUUUUUGUAACAAAAAUAAUAACCAAGAUAAUGAUAUUAAAAGAACAACAUGAUGAACAUGACAGUAACCACCUCCUAUAUAGCCCUGCCCAGUUACACCU